AUGGAACCUCUGGCCAAACGACUGAAAGCAUCCAUGACAUCCGGCCGGCCACGCAAGAAUCCGGAGGAGCUGCGAGGCACGGCAGGUGGCAAAAGCAGCAACCGAAGAUAUGCUGGGCAGACCUUGUUGCGACAGGAGAUACCUGUUGCUGUCAAGGACAAAAUGUGCCAGCAGAUGUUGUCGCAGGUGGCUGGUUUUGCAACGAUGCCUGGGUUCUUUCGGCACUUUGCGGCAGCUUUUGACAUGUCCUUGGACAAGCUCAAAGAAAUGUACAGCCUGAAGGAUAAAUGGGCUGCUACAGUGAAGAAGUUGAACCUCAGCACGAGUGCUUCUGUCGGCCACAAAGAAGCUGGCCUGAGCAAGGGCAAGCGCGGGCAUGCAAAGCCGAGGCUGAGGCAACCUGGUGGAGGACGGAAAAAAGACUGGCCUGAGGCAGUGGAUGCUUGCAAGACCUUUUUGGAGAUGGAGCGUGCCCAUGGGCACACGGUGGCUGAGUGGGUCGGGGCCAAGGACUUGUGUCCGAACUUGAAGACAACUAUGUCUGAGAUAGAGCAGCGAGUCUCAGCAGAGCUGACAUGGCAGGCGCAUGAUGCUGACCUCCGUUUGCUUGCGUACGGCACAGAGGAGGAGUUGAAGCCGUUGUUCGCCAAGCCGUCUGAGUUCAAGGCCGUCAGGAAGCAGACAUUCAUAGGAGUGUCUGACCAAAUCCCUGUCUGGGUGAAGAAGACUUCCUCCAAGGAGCUCUUCGCAGAGUUCGAGCAUGCUGCUCGCCCUCAGUCUGAGGUGAGGAGUGCCACGAGGAACUUGCUGGCUGACUUUGAGGCGGUGUCUGAGGAGCCUGGCCGUUUGUCUCUGGUCGCCCAGCCGCAGCCGGCUGAGUUGUCUCGUACCGGCAAGCAGCACCCGACGACCCGCAAGGACCCGGAUGGGGACAGGUACCGCCUGACGUAUGAGGCCAGGCAAGGCAUCCUGCACUACUUCGACGAGUCCAAAGACCCGGUUGGAGUUGUGCUGCCUGGGAUGGUUAUAGUGGCUGGUGUUCACGCUGAGCUUAGCAACAUAGACGAGCGAGGCCUGUGGCGUUCCACCCGUACUUUCCAGUAUGGUGGCCAAGUUGUCCAGCAGAAGGCCGGCAUGAGUGCGGGGCGACUGCUUCGCCAGAAACGGCCUGAGCUGAUGUCUGAGGUCGAAGUCUACUCCCAACCAGCGGCGAUGGUCGACAGUGUCAUCAUGUGUUGGUGCAUCGCCAGAGCGGCUGAGACCUAUGAGGCUUGGAAGGCACGCUUCGCGGCCCACCAGUUGCAAGGUGUGGUGGCCGUGAAGAUGACUUCGCAACUUCAGGUGACUGACACUGAUUUCAGUUCCCUUUUCAAGAAGGAGUGCCUGAAGUGCAUGGACAACCUCCGCUACCAUGGGCAGAAGCAGACUGAGGGCUCAACUGUCUGGAAACCGUCGUCUGAGGAUAUGCUCACGGCGAUCGUGACAGCUCAGAGAGUCCCGUGUGAGAAGAACCAGCGAGACGGCUGGGUGCUGGCGUCUUGCCGGCGAAACGGGCUCGAGGGUGCGGCUGAGCUGGCAGACCUCAUGGAGUGGGACUUCGUUGACAAGUCUGACAAGGAGAAGACGGACCUCGUCCUGCCGAUUGACGACAAGGAGCUGGAGUCGCCUGAGUGGAGCCAGCUGGCCGGCUUCCAAUUGUCUUUGGACCUGCGCCGCUCACGCUGGCUGAAGGCCAACAAGGAGUUGCAGUCUGAAAAAGCUCGCAAAGCCCAAGAAAGACGCGAGGAAAAGAAAAAAUUGGCUGAGAUGAGGAAGGAGCUGAGCCUGGAGGAUAGGCAGCUCGUGCGAGAUGCCCUGCACAAGACUUCGCGAAAGGAGGUGUUGAAAGCUAUAGUUCCCCUUGCAGGCAAGGGCAACCAGGCCAAAAACAAGAAGAAGAAGAAGCUGUCGUUCGCCAAAAAGGCAGAAGCUGUGGCUAAACAGCCAUUGCCUGACGCUCCGGCGUCUGCGCCUGUGGCCUUGCCUGAGGAGGCUCCUACGUUUGCACUUGUGGCCUUGCCUGAUGAGGCUCCUCCUUCAGGAGUCUUCCGAGUGGUGUCAGAUGUGCUGGGAGCAUCUUGCUACGGCCUGACGGGCACCUUGCAGAAGGCCACAGCGACUGAUGGGCUGCUUUUGCCGCUCAAGAAGGGGAAGUCCCAGUGGGUGCCGAGGAGUGUUCUGCAUCUGCUGUCUGCUGGCGAACACAAAAAAAAUUGGAAGCGAAAGCAGUUCAGUGUCAGUCGGGAGAGGAAGCAAGACAUGCUGCUCAACAUGGGGUGCCUGAGGCUGGACAUCGAUGGACAAGAGGAGGUGGACAAUGUGGAGAUUGUGCAGCCUGACACCCUACCACGUGGCGGUUUGCGAGACCAAACCAUGGCAAUGGGUUGGGAAGCGAUACGGUGGGCUUGGGCUGCGACGAUUCUGUUGUGGAUUGAUGUGCACAGGCAGGCUCUGCGUUUUGCGACCAGCCUCACUUUGACAUGUUUCUGUUUCAGGCGAAGCUCACGGCUGGUGAAGAACUUCGUGAGCUGGAGGCACAAGCCCUCAGGCUGGUGA